AUGUUUCCUGGACAAACCCACCCUCCAGGCUUUGCUGAUACUGAAAUAGAGCUGCCACUGAGAGAGCACGGCCAGAUAGCUGGUACAAUCAGUCGCAGUUGCUCUACCAUUGCGGCCUCUGCACGCCAUCAAAAUCUGACGGUCGAUCUAAACGAGGACGCGGCAUUUCCCACUGAUGACAUGUCUUCUGCUUGCAAUACCGGUAGAGACAACCCCUGCCUAAGCCCACGUAUCGGGGCCAGAACGCAUGGGAGGGCCUUCGAAGUAAACAAAGUUGAAGAUAUUGAAGGAAAGCGAUUGAAAUCCAAAUUUCAGCGAUUCGACUCCUUUUUGACGGAUACCUGGGCUCCUGAGGUCUUAUGGUGUGUUAUGGCGAUAGCGUUUUUAGUCGGGAUGUCUGCGUUCCUUGCCGCCCAUCAAGGCAUCCCUCAACCGCAAUGGCGGUAUGGAAUCUCGAUCAACACUGUUAUCUCGUUACUCGUUGGUGCGAUUGUCGGUGCCUUGGCGAGUGUGCUUUCAGCUUGUGUCGGGCAGACUAAAUGGCAAUGGUUCGCCUCUCCACGGGUUUUAUCAGAUAUAGAAACAUUCGACGGAGCCACUCGGAACUUCUGGGGCAAAUUACAACUAUUGACACAUGGCCGCGGGCGCGAACAUCACCUUGCCAAUUAUGGAUGUUUGAUUGCUCUUGGGACGUUGGCAAUCGGGCCCUUUUCUCAGCAGAUAGUCCAGUACUAUAACUGCUUCUCAGUAUCCCCCUACCAUUUGGCAUGGCUGCCACGGAGUAAUAAUUACACCGCUGGAGCUAGAGUCUACCCAGGCCACUCGCAGUUGGACCCAGAGAUGGCUUCUGCUAUCUACACCGGUAUCUUGGAUCCUCCCAAAACAGACGCCGGCGCGGUCAAGUCUUUCAGUUGCGACUCUGGCAAUUGCACACUGCCCCAAUUUUCAACUCUUGGGAUGUGCCAUUCCUGCCACGAGAUACUGGAGCUGAUCCACGUCAAUGAGACUUUUCCGGGUUAUUGGCUCGAUAAUUGGGUGGAAAAUCCGAGUUGGAAUUGGUGGAGAGAAGACGCCAGGGUUGGGUGGACAAACGAAAGCUGGACUACACAUUACACGUACACACCAUACACGAUGCUUUCGUCUCGCAAAACUCUCGGUUUCGACCCAUCAAUCAGUGAUGCGCCCUUCGAUGACUUGAUAACUCUCGACUUUUUGACGCUCAACGUUAAUGCCGCCUGCGAUGCGGCGAUAGGAGAAAUGGAGACCUGUCCUAAGCAUCCGUGGGCAGUCCGCUGCUCGCUGUAUCCUUGCAUCAAAACUUUCACUGCGAAGAUAACUAAUUCCAAACUGUCAGAAAAUCUGACAUCAUCUAUCCCCAUGAAGAAGUCAAACGUUUCUGCUAUCGAAGUCACCACCUCUGAGAACCUCACUUGGUCUUACGCUGUAAAUACGACGCUUCGUCAUGGACAAAACGUUGACUGCAAGCCCUCUAGCAGUCCAACAACAAUCAACACCGUCUCCAUCACCAGCAAUGGGACCACUCCGAUAUCUAGUGAUGAGGCUGUAACGUGGUAUCCAGAAGACUGCGUAUAUUCGAUGGGAUAUCCGGCUGCGUUAGCUAUCAAUCAGUUUCUUUCCGUCCUCUUUGACGUCAACUCACUCGAGUCACGUAACGGGAGUGUGUAUGACCUGUUCGGAAAUUAUUGGCUGAAGACCUUUUAUAAUAAUGGGAUGGCGAAUAUCUCCACCGCCAACACUUACUUCGAGUCGCUAGCGGCCGCAAUAACAGCAACUAUGAGAGAAUCUGGUCAAAGUGCAGUGUUAGCCGAUGCCAUCGGUCUAGUCCUACAAUCUGAGACCUGUAUUCGCAUCCGAUGGCCGUGGCUUACGUUACCGAUCUUCUUCGUAUUAGCCACCGUAGGCUUCCUGAUCUCGACAAUAAUGUCGUCAGCUUGGCGAGGGGCUUGGAAAUCUUCAUUCCUUGCCGCGGUCUCCUUUGGUGUUCAUAACGCAGCGCUUGAGCUACUUCAGCCGCUCGACUCUAAAUCUUUACAGAGUGUUAUGGUAGAAACCGCCAAGCACAUGCGGGUUCAGUUAUACGUCGAUCGACAAACAACGCCCGUAAACAGUGUUCUAAGUGUUGAGGCAAGUCAGAAUUCGAUUAUGACACAGCUUCACUCCUAG